CCACAUAGGAAUGGUUGGCCAGAGUCUGGCCAUGAAAGGAGACAUAGGGAAAGGUCUGGCAGUAUACUUCUCCCACAGACCAGCAGAACAACAUCAGCCAUACCAAGUGAAUCACAGCCAUUGUUCUCUAUUCACACAACUUCUGAAUAAACUGUAGCAAGAACCGAAAGAUUACUCCUCCUAACAAGAAACAACCAAGUAAUUCAACCUAGCUACAUGAAAGAGGAUGAAAAUGGAAUAACAUUCAUAGACUUU